AUGUCGGAGGAGUUGCAUGAAACACUAGAUGCUGUUAUAAAAUCCGUUAACUACAUUAAGGCAAGACCUCUCAAUCAACGUCUGUUUUCUUCUUUGUCACAGGAAAUGGGCUCCGAGCAUUCUUCAUUGUUAUUAUAUUCAGAAGUGCGAUUGUUGUCACGAGGUCGAGUUCUAAAUAGAGUUGUUGAACUGCAACAAGAGAUAAUCACUUUUUUAACGAAACAGAAACAAAUAUCUUUAGCUGAAAAAUUCAGCCAAGAAAAUUUUAUAGCAAACGUGACGUAUUUAGCGGAUAUAUUUGCCUCGUUGAAUUCGCUCAAUCAAGCCAUGCAAGGUCCCGGAUUCACUGUCAUCGAUCACAAAGCGAAAAUUACAGCUUAUUACAAGAAGUUGAAUUUGUGGAAAAGUUACGUGAUACGAAAUGAAUAUGAUAUGUUUCCCCUGCUGAAGGCAUAUAUUUUUGAAAGAAACGUCAAUAUGCGGGAUACCAUAUCUGAGCAACUUGCUAAAAGGCUUGAACAGUAUUACGAUAUCGCAAUAACGCCCACUAACAAGCAAGAUUGGAUGAUUAAUCCAUUUGCAAUUACAGAUUAUCCUGAGCUGCCCCUACGUGUUGUAGAGAAUCUCAUGGAUAUGACUGCUGAGCCAUCAAACCGACUUUCAUUUGCAUCAUUCAAGGAAACACAUUCAAAAUUAUCUGCAAACUUUUAUUUUUGGGCUUCAAUGUGUUCGGUUUAUCCGACUGUGUCAAAAUUUGUGAUAAAGGAGUUGAUUCCUUUUGCAACAACAUACCCCUGCGAAGCAGGAUUCAGUGCAUUGGCUGUACUUAAAACAAAACACAGAAAUAGGUCGAGUGUAGAAGAUGACAUGCGACUGUGCCUCAGUAACAUUACACCAAGGUUUCAAAAACUGACAAACGAUGUACAGGCGCAAUCUUCUCAUUAA